AUGAAGCUCGGGAGUAUUCUCUCGUUGCUUUUCACUGGAUGGCUUCCCGGAAAAGCGGGGCAAACCGAGGCUGUGCCUGACCAAGAAGUUACCGAGGAGCGCGGGACGCUGAAGCGACUGCGGAAUGCUACUCGCCGGGAACUAGGAGCUGAAUACCAAGCCAGUGACUUGAGUUUACUCAUUGAGAACACCUUGGUUCAACAGCUUGGUUUGGCAAGAAAGAUCACCAUCACUAAGGAUUCGACGACCAUUAUAGCUGAUGCUGCAUCAAAGGAUGAGAUUCAGGCUAGGAUUGCACAGAUUAAGAAAGAAUUGUCUGAGACUGACUCUGUUUAUGAUUCUGAGAAACUUGCAGAAAGAAUCGCAAAGUUAUCUGACGGGGUUGCUGUCAUUAAGGUAGGUGCUGCAACUGAGACCGAGCUUGAGGAUCGUAAGCUUCGUAUUGAGGAUGCAAAGAAUGCAACUUUUUCUGCCAUAGAAGAAGGUAUUGUGCCUGGUGGUUGUGCCGCCUUGGUUCAUUUGUCAGAAUAUGUUCCUCCCAUCAAGGCCAAGCUUGAGGAUGUAGAGGAGCGUCUCGGAGCUGACAUAGUACAAAAGGUACGAGAGCAAUAG